AUGGCAAAAGGAGGCAUCUCUUUCAGAUCAAUCCUUCUCCAUUCUCUCUGGACAACUCUCACUGGAAUCCUCUUCUUCACUCUAGCCACCACGAAAAACCACAAUUUUGGUUACAUCAAAUUCUUUUCGAUAUCAGGAACACUACUCAUAACCUUACCUUGGUUAAUCCAACUUAUGGUCACUUCUGCUGUCAUAAUACUUUAUAAGACCAUAGGUUACAACCUCAUGUGGAUUGUUCAGUCACCAACAUCGGAAGAGAAUCAUCUCACAAACGUCGUCACCAUUUCUUCUUCAUCAUCUCCUCUUUCGUCUCGUCAGGUUCUGAAGAAAGGCGAUACGGAUGAGAUCGAGAUUAGGAUUGUGAUUGGUGCUGAUGGUCCACGAAGUCCAAAGGAUGGUUCCUCUGCACAUCGUUUGGUGAUUGAAGGAAGAAACGACACCGAACUUCUCACAAAUGGUUCACCUGUCGCUUAA